AGAGAAUGGAUAAUAUUACAUCGAGUGAAGCAGCUGGUUUCGCAGUGGGUGCUAUGCUUCUCUGUGCCACCGUUAGUGCCACCAAAAUUGAUGCUUUCUUUUCUUCUUCUCAACGCAGCUCAUUGGGGAUGUGCAAGAGAUGUGGCAAUCUGAGGAGAUUGGCUUGCUCGAGAUGCAGAGGAACAGGGUCAGUCAAAGAAGGAGGAAUACUUAGUAUCAAACUUUUAGAUGAUUUAUAUGACACAUUUGGUGAUAAUGAAUCAAAGGUGAAGCGGAUAGCAUGUGUUAAAUGUCAAGCCAAAGGUUACUUUUCAUGUCCUGAAUGUUCUGAACUAUAAUCUCAAUGGUUUUAUCUUCUCUCCCUACUAGUAUUCUAGCCCACAACAUUCAAUCGUGCCAUGUAACAUUGUGAGUUGUGAAACUCCUCAUAGAUGGUGGUAUGUAACACCAGUUUUAUCUUGUGCUCAUCAUGUAAAUUCACUAUAUACCUUGUUGCAAGCAAGAACAAGAAAAAUUCUAAAUUACUACCUCUAGUCUUAAAUACAAGACUCUUUUAACUACUUCACGAGAAUUAAAUACUUUGUUCUCAUUAAGGAUGUUUUCGUAAGAAAAUAAUUGAUUCAAGAAACAACUUGCAGGGGCUCUUAUGAAAAGACUCUGACAAACCCCUUAAAAUGGUCUUAUAUUAGGACUAGAGGUAGUAGAAUAAUGCUACUUUGACAGGAUUUGUCAAUUAGUUGUUUUCAUUUAUACUUCAUUAUUGACCUUAAUUGAUAAGUUUGAAGUUUGAACCCAAUUCUUUGCAGUUGUGU